UUUUAAAAGGUAAGCUGCUUUUGAACAUGCUGUGAGUAUACAACAUGUCGGAAGAGGAGGAGGAUGAAGCAAAACAGGAAGAAGAACAAGUACCAAAAUUCAGAAUUCGCCAUUUGCUAAUGCCAGUAAUUAUAAUACUAAUGACCUUCGGGAAUGUUGUCGUGAGUACUGCCGAAACACAAUUUGCUUAUUAUGCAGUUCAAAAAGAAAAUAAUAUCAGCAGUGUCUUGUCAGCGUCGCGUCAGUCAUUAUGUGAGGCAAAUAAGUCGUCACCCUUGUUCAAACAGCAACAGAAAAUACAAUCCAUAACGGCAAACUGGAAUGCUUACUGUCAUCUAGCGCAAAGUGUUCCGGUUCUUUUAAUGUCUUUAAUGGUUGGAUCAUGGAGUGAUGUGAUCGGACGCAGAGCGGCAUUAUUUAUUCCUACUUUCGGUUUAAUGUUCAAAUCUGCCUUUUUUGCAAUAGGUAUAAAACUGGAGUGGAACAUUUAUACAUUCGUGAUCGCUUUUUUCGUUGAUGGUUUGUGUGGAAUGUGGAUAAGCCUUUUAGCAUCAGCGUAUUCUUUUACUGCAGAUAUGACAAACUAUGGGAAAAGUAGACUGUUUGGUAUAGUUUUUGUAGAAAUAACUCUUGGAGUUGGUGUUGCAUUAGGAAUAUUCACAUCCGGGUAUAUUAUUAAGUUUUUUGGAUUUCUAUACGGAUCGGUACUAAUGGUUGGAGUGGGAGUUUUGCUCUGUUUUCUCAUCAUUUUACUACCAGAGAGUGUAAGAUUAACAAAUAAAAUAACAACUAUGACACAAUUAGAAUAUCUGAAAAAUGCAGUUUCAUUCUAUAUCAAAAAGACUCCUCUGAGAAAUAAAUACAUACUCCUUGCAGUUGUAUUUUCGCUCCAAGCGCUGCCUAAUAUUGGAAGGAUCAAUGUUUACUCACUUUAUGUAAUGAACUCUCCCUUCUGUUGGAAUUCUGUUCUUAUUGGAUUGUUUGGAGGAGGUAGAAGUGUUGCACAAAUGAUUGUUGGUGUAGCAUUGACACGGCCUCUCUACAAAUGUAUGUCAAAAGACGCCAUGGUUGUUGUGGGUUCUCUUUCUGCGAUUGGCUGUUAUGUCCUGACAGCACUAGCUAUAAACGAUAAGAUGCUAUUUAUGACUCCCGUGGUAGGUCUUUUCCUGAACUUUCCAGUUAUUGUAAUACGAUCUGAGAUGUCGCAAAUAACACCAAGAGAAAGACAAGGUGCACUUUAUGGAAGUAUAGCCGCAAUCGACUCUGGGUGCUCUUUGGUUGGUUCUGUGCUUUCAAACCUCUUAUAUGGUGGAACUGUUUCGGUUUAUAGAGGAAUCGCUUGGCUAGCCUUUGGAGGUUGCCAUGUAGUUGGCUUAUUAUUCUUUGGAUUGUAUAUGCUGACAAACGAAGAAAAGAAAAAUGAAGAAAAUGAAGAUACAAAUUAUAAACGUUUUAAGUUUGUAAGAUUUAAAUAAUUAUUUGUCAGAAAAUGACACAACAAAUAACACGUCCUAUUGCAAGUUUUGACAAUGUUAAUUGGUGUUGUAAUCUGUGUUACUCAAACAUCUCAGUUGAAGCGAUAUUGUAAAGAUUUAAACAAGAUAGAGGUACAUGAAGCUCUAAUUAAGGCAAUACUAAUUUACUGAUGUGCAAAUCUCUUUAAUCGGUUUAAAAGAGGCAUAUCAAUGUAACAGACGAACACUUAGGGAAUCGCAUCAACCCCAAAAGCUCUUUAAUUUGUUUUAUUUCCGAUUGUGACAUUUUGACUGAAUCUUGAUUCGCAUGGUGGCGAGUGACUCCUAUACUGUCGAACCAUUUGACCUCGUAGAGGUUCAUGCGAUUCCCUCGGAUUUCGUUUUUUAUCGUAAUUUAUGCGAUUUGAAAAUCGGUAUACUACUGUUGCCUCUAAUCAAGCAUAUUCAUAACCGAAUUUAACAAUUUAAUUAAGAGUAUUCUGCCAAAUAGUUACCUCGUAAAAAACUUUAGAUAAGAAUGUUAAGUGAAUGAAGACAUUUUCGCCUUAAAUAUAGAAAACUCUAAAACCUAUACAAUAUUUUAAUUUAUAUUAUAACAGUACUAUUGUACCUAAAUAACUGGCCUGGCAAAAACAGUUUACCCUAACCUUAUAUAAAUUGAUUUAAAAUAAACAAAUCAAAAUUUAAAAACAAAUUAAUUUUAGAGGAAAUCGCAAGAUUGGUUACGUCGACACGCAGUAAAAAUAUUAUAAUUGCAUGAGUUGGGAAUAGUAUGACCAUCGGUAAAUUUACAGAUUUGACGACCCGUCAUGUAUCUAAAGAUCUAACACCACAUUGACGGUUGUGAUUUCAGACACAUGGUAUUCGCUAACUAGUCCUCCUGGUGGUAGUUUAAAAGUCAGGUAAUGUCGAUUUCGGUCUUUCGUUCUCACAACCCAAAUGUUUUAAGUGCCAAGAGUACACUCCUAUUAAUGAAGUGCGUAAAUCGCGAACCUGAAUUCGCAAAACCAAAAUCAAUUUCGAAACGAAACGAAAACGCCAGAUUAUGAGGUAGGUGGUAUGUUACUGCCUAGAAACGGAAAGAUGCCAUUGAGAAAGCUGAAAUUGU